AAAUUGACAAAUGAUCAUCUCGGUACGGGGGCAUACGCUAGCGUCAGAACUUGUAUUUCACUGACCACUGGUGAGGAAUUCGCAGUAAAACUUGUUUACAAGCAUGAAGCUGGACAUACACGAAGUCGUAUCAUGCGUGAAGUUGAAACAUUUCAGAUGUGCAAAAAUCACCCCAAUAUUGUACAGUUGCAAGAAUGGUUUGAGGAUCAUGAUUAUUUCUAUAUGGUUUUCGAAAAGAUGAAAGGUGGCCCUCUUCUCAAUCAUAUACAACGUAAAGGAUUCUUUACAGAACAAGAGGCUAGUAAAGUAACGAAGGAUAUCGUGAAUGCACUAAAAUAUCUUCAUGAUCGUGGCAUUGCUCACCGCGAUGUUAAACCAGAAAAUGUGCUUUGUUCUGAUGAAGAGCGCGUCAGUCCUGUGAAAUUAUGCGACCUAGAUCUAGCAAGCAAGUUAAUUUCGGUAAAUAGUGAACCUGAUUUAGCUAGUCCUGUUGGAAGUGCGGAAUUUAUGGCACCUGAGGUGGUGGAUACAUUUGUUGGCGAUGCUUUGAAAUAUGACAAGCGUUGCGACAUGUGGUCAUUGGGGGUUAUAAUAUAUAUAAUGAUUUGCGGUUACCCACCUUUCUAUGGACAAUGCUGGCGUGAAAACUGUGGUUGGGACCAAGGCUUAUCGUGUAAUGAUUGCCAAGAAAAUCUUUUUAAACGCAUUCAGCAAGGUGAAUUCGAUUUUCCGGAACCAGAGUGGAAAAAUGUUAGUAAGGAGGCAAAGGAUUUAAUUUGCCAUCUGCUGGUUAAAAACGUACGUAACCGAUUCACUGCUGAUGAGGUACUGAAACAUCCUUGGGUAAGGAAUGGAGCUCCAGAGACGAAGCUACAAACACCUGGAAAUCUUUUCCGAAAUGAUAGUACUCGCGAUGUGCAUCAAAUGCAAGAAAACUUCAACGUAAUGAAUCGUUUAGUUGCUGCACGGCUUAGUGCUCGAAUUGAUGAGAUCAGCACAAAAGGUUUCGUUGCUUUCAGUGAUUCCUCAAAUAAAUGGUGCUAUUCCAGUGUCGGUACACGUGUCGCAGGUAUGAUAGUUACUUCGACUUUUGUAAAUAUAUUCAUGUUUGUUUUAGAAAUGGUGUAUAUACAUAAUUUUGGAAAAUUGUUUGAUAGAGGUGGCAGUAAGCAAUAA